AUGCUCGUUACUAGGCACGCCUCUACGGAGCAAAGUCCUUGGUCCAUAAGCAAGUUUGAAACCGCCUUUCGCAAGUCUGCGGAGAGAUUACGCAUGUCGAACAACUUCGACACGGUGACGCAGUCGGACUGGCAGAGUCAGUACUCGUUUCUCCCACCGGGCGACAACACCAUCUUUUCGCAGCCAUACGAUCAUGUGACGAGCUCUACCGAGAGCGCGGAAUCGCAUGCGCAGCCGCGGACCGUGACGGUGCCGAACGAGGUACCCAAAUCAGAGGUCUCGCCGCUGGGCUCUCGCCUUGAUCCCUUAGGGCUGCGGCCGCCGAAGCAGCCGUCUCCGAUCCCAGAGCAGCCAGAAACCCACGAAGAGCCGUACCCGCCACCAAAGUCAAUCGAAUUAGCGCAUGAGGAGUCGUUGACUGCGACGGAGACGCCGGGUGUGUCUCUGGGAUCGAACCCCCUGAGCUCUGUGUCGUCGGCGGGACAAAGUUCCGAGACAGCCCCGAGCCACUCAGGAAACGAGGGGCAAGCGGCUAUCAAGGAGGAGGAGGAAGAGGUGCUCGAGGAUGAAGAGAUGGUGGAGGUGGAGGCAGAGGGAGAGACGCAAGCUCAACCGCAGACAGCUGCCGAGAGGACCGCUCAGCGGCGGAAGAUGAAGCGUUUCAGGCUCACCCACCAGCAAACGAGGUUUCUGAUGAGCGAGUUUGCGAAGCAACCGCAUCCUGACGCCGCGCACCGCGAACGGCUGUCGCGUGAGAUUCCGGGGCUUAGCCCUCGCCAGGUACAGGUGUGGUUCCAGAACCGGCGCGCCAAAAUCAAGCGAUUAACAGCGGACGAUCGCGAGCGUAUGAUGAAGAUGAGGGCGGUGCCGGAGGACUUUGACAGCUUGAGCGCACUGCACUCGCCAUACGGUGCCGUUCACGGCCUAGGAGCGCCCAUCAGCUCGCCCGUCGAUCUCGGCGCCUCCUCCUACGCCGACCACAUGAUGCGGCCUCUCAUGGUGGAUGUAAGGCGCCACGAGGGCGACGACCAUCUCUCGCCAACCGGCCUUAGCCCAGCAUUUGGAAGCAUCGCCUUCAACCCCUCGGCUGGACUCAGCACACCAGAUGUUUUAUCGCCAAUCUCACCCACCUCGACCGACAGGUAUGGCUACCCGGGCCACCUCUCGACAGCGUCGCUGGGUGCCGGGCCGAGGACAUCGAACCCGUUCGCGCGGCAGUCGAGCCUCGAUUCAGGGAUGCAGCUCCAUGGCCAUCACUCGCGGCAACAGAUCCGACCAUUACAGCCCCUUCACAUCCGCGACACGUUGACUAGGUCGCGCUCGGACACCCUUCAAUCGCCGCUACGGUCCAGCAUGUCGUGGAAGGGUGAUGCCAUCGACUACACCACUUAUCAUGGAUCAAAUAACUCCCCUCAUAUAGGAAGCCGACAACAUGGCUUGUACCAGCAGGAUCAGGUGGGCGGCAGUUCAGCGGGUGGAUUAGGAGGUUAUGACUCGAGCAACUAUUCCACCUCUACAGUCCAUUCACCAUCUCAUUAUUCGAGCUUUCAAUCGUCUAGUCUGCAGGCAAGCCACCAGCGCAAUUCCCGCCUGAGGGCCGCCUCCGCCUCCCUUCCCCUAGGCUUAGAUCUGCGGACUCAGUUCAGAUCUGCCAUUGGGCCAGGUAGCUUGCAGGCUUCGACGCACUCACCCGGCCCGCGGACCUCAUCGACGACGCAGCUCGGCGGCGUCUCCUCAAGCUACACGGGAAGCUUCCCGUCGGCGCCACUAUCAGCGCCCGUCGACUUCUCCCUGCCCAGGACGCCGGGCUACAGAACCUCAACAACCGACUACUCGAUGCCGCAGAUGAGCGCUCCGAUCGCCCCGCCGAAUGACUUUUCGCAAGCCUUCCAAGCGAGCAUGUCGACCUCGAGCACCAGGACGCCGAUGAGGGACACGUUUGGCGGGAGCGCGCUCGGGUUAGGGCAGAGCCAAAAUUCUGGGGAGCGCAGCGACGACUUCUCGGACCCGCUGGGCAUGAAGCGCAAGCGCAGCUUUACGGGAGGCUCCUCUGCCACGACUGCCGGGCCCGGGGCCUACGGCAGCACAGCAUAG